AAAUAUUGCAAGAUUUACAACAAAUUUGGUAAGUGCCACAAAGGUUCCAAGUGUCCAGACCUGCAUGACCCAGAGAAAGUUUCUGUUUGCACCAGGUUUCUUAGAGGAUCGUGUACAAUAACCAAUUGUCCAUUUUCUCACAAAGUAACAAAAGAUAAAAUGCCUACAUGCAUACAUUAUCUAAGGGGGAUGUGUGUGAGAGUUAACUGCCCUUACAACCAUGUCAAUGUGGGACAGUCAGCCGAGAUAUGCAGAGAUUUUCUAGCCGGACAUUGCUCAAUGGGCGAUCAGUGUAAGAAAAAGCACAUUUUAGUGUGUCCUGACUUUUCGCAAACUGGUUCCUGUUUUUUGGCCAAUAACUGUCCAAUGAGGCAUGUUCGCAGGAAGCAGAAAAGAUCUGAAAAUUCUUUUAAAAAUAGGAGUCCUGGGAACGUUGCUAGCAAAAAAGACGUUAGGUAA